AUGAGGAAGAGAGGUGCUGGGAGUGGAAAGGGAGGUGCUGUUCUGUUCCUCUCCUCGCUGCUCCGUUCCUCUCCUCGCUGCUCUGUUCCUCUCCUCGCUGCUCCGUUCCUCUCCUCGCUGCUCCGUUCCUCUCCUCGUUGCUCCGUUCCUCUCCUCACUGCUCCGUUCCUCUCCUCGCUGCUCCGUUCCUCUCCUCGCUGCUCCAUUCCUCUCCUCGCUGCUCCGUUCCUCUCCUCGCUGCUCCGUUCCUCUCCUCGCUGCUCCGUUCCUCUCCUCGCUGCUCCGUUCCUCUCCUCGCUGCUCCGUUCCUCUCCUCGCUGCUCCGUUCCUCUCCUCACUGCUCCGUUCCUCUCCUCGCUGCUCCGUUCCUCUCCUCGCUGCUCCGUUCCUCUCCUCGCUGCUCCCUUCCUCGCUCACCUCGUAGCACCCGUCACUCCCACCCGUUCCGCAGUCACUGUCGUCCCGCGAUCUCACCCGUUGCUCUCUCACUCUCCUCACGCGAGAACGAUGCCACCGCGCUCUCUCGCUCCCUCAAUCAAUCCCGUCCCUCUCUCACACCCAUCCCUCUCUCACACCCAUCCCUCUCUCACACCUGUCCCUCUCUCACACCCAUCCCUCUCUCACACCCGUCCCUCUCUCACACCCACCCAUCCCUCUCUCACACCCACCCAUCCCUCUCUCACACCUGUCCCUCUCUCACACCCUUCUCCCUCCCUCCCUAAACCAUUCUCCCUCCCUCCCUUUCCCCUUCUCCUUCCCUCCGUUUUCCCCCUUGUUCUUCCCUCCCUUUCGCCCAUGUCCCUCCCCUUCUCUUACCCCGCCUAUCUUUCCCUCCUGGUCUGCCCCUCCAUUCCCCUUCUCCCGUUCAUCCUUUUUCCCCUCUUCCUACCCUCUGUUGCCCUUGCUGGGGAAAGCAGUGCUGGUGAGUGCAGUGCUGGUGAGUGCAGUGCUGGUGAGUGCAGUGCUGGUGAGUGCAGUGCUGGUGAGUGCAGUGCUGGUGAGUGCAGUGCUGGUGAGUGCAGUGCUGGUGAGUGCAGUUCUUCUCCCCCGCCGUUCCUCCCGUCAUCAGUUUUUCCCUCUAUUCCACCCUUCCUCUUUUCAUCCCUUCUUCUGUAA